UUUACUUCUAGCAGAAGUGCGGAUGUGAGUUGCACAUUAAAACGGAACAGGCCGCCAGUUGUUUUGUUGUUGUUGGUUUCAGGAUGCGUGCUUAGGCGAUGCUCGUCGUGCGGAGCUAUGAAUCCAGAGGAGCAGACGGUGACCUGGUUGAUAUCGCUCGGUGUGCUCAGCUCGCCCAAAAAGAACGUAGCGGACCCGGAGGAGUUCCUGAAGACGUCGCUGAAGGAUGGGGUCGUCCUGUGCAAGCUCGCGGAGCGGCUCGUGCCUGGCUUCACUCCCAAGUAUUGCCAGGACCCGAGAGCUGAAGCCGACUGCAUUACCAAUAUCAAGGAGUUUUUAAAAGGAUGCUCUUCCUUGAAAGUGGAGGGGUUUGAACCAGAGUGGCUGUACACUGGUGAAAAUUUUGGCAAGGUCCUGACCACGUUGCUGGCAUUCAACUUUGCCACACAGGAAUGUGCUGCUGAGAGAUCAUGUCCCCAGUCCGCCGCUCACUCUCCUCGCCAGUCGACGUCUUCUCACACGCUCUCCUCUGCCAAGUCCAAAGGCUCUCUGCGUAGACGAUCCAAAUCAGUGGAGAUGUCUGAGAACGGAGGAGGCGGGCAGCUGCUGGUGAAGGCUCGCUUCAACUUCAAGCACAACAAUGAGGAUGAGCUGUCGUUCAACAAAGGCGACUUGAUCCACGUGAUGCGGCAGGAGGACGGCGGCUGGUGGGAGGGGACGCUCGGCGGCAAGACGGGCUGGUUCCCCAGCAACUACGUGAGGGAGAUCAAACCCUGCGAGAAGCCAACGUCUCCUAAAGGCACUCAGCUGACCAAAAACUACUACAGUGUGGUGGUGCACGACAUCUUGGAACACGAGCGGGAGUUUGUCAAAGAAUUGCAGGCGGUGCUCAACAGUUAUCUACGACCCCUGCAAGCCAGCGACAAGCUGAGCAGUGCAGACAGCGUCGCCCUCGGUGGAAACCUGGAGGAGAUACUCACCUUCCAGCAGGGACUGUGUGUGGCUUUGGAGGACUGUACCAAAGUCCCAGAGGGCCAGCAGCGAGUGGCCGGCUGCUAUUUAAACCUCAUGUGUCAGAUCAAGAACCUGUACAUGGCUUACUGUUCCAGCCAUCCUUCAGCUGUCUGCAUCCUCACUGACCACAGCGAGGAACUGGACAAGUUCAUGGAGAGCCAAGGGGCCAGUUCUCCAGGGAUCCUGACCCUGACCACCAGUCUCAGCAAGCCCUUCAUGAGGCUGGACAAAUACCCCACGCUGAUGCAGGAGCUGGAGAGACAUGUGGAGGAAGCCCACCCAGACUAUGCUGACAUUGUAAAAGCUUCAGCAGCCUUCAGGAGCCUGGUGACGCAGUGCCAGGAGCUGCGGAAGCGCAAGAACCUGGAGCUCCAGAUCUUGUCGGAGCCGGUGCGCGGCUGGGAGGGAGACAGCAUGAAGAGCCUGGGUCACGUGGCCUACAUGUCCCAGGUCCACGUGAAAAAUGGCUCCAACGAGGAAAAAGAGGAGCGUUAUGUGAUGCUCUUCCCUCAUGUGGUAGUCAUGCUGUCCGCCAGUCCCCGUAUGAGUGGCUUUAUUUAUCAGGGAAAACUGCCACUGACAGGCACUACAGUAACGAGACAUGCAGAGGAUGCAGAGAAUGGACACUAUGCCUUGGACAUUACAGGAAGCGUCGUCGAUCGUUUUACAGUGUUCUGCAGUAGUGCCCAGGAGUUACAAGAAUGGUUAGAGCACCUUCAGCCCUUUACCAAAGGAGGAAGCCCUGUAGGAACCAUCUCAAAGACGGUAGAAGGCAAGCCGCUGAGCAUGGUCGGCGGCCCCACCCACGCGUCCCACCUGGGCAGCGUCAGCGCCGCCAGCCGCGGCCCCCUGGAGCCGCCGAAGACCAGCAAGCCGUGGUCCCUCAGCUGUCUGCGCCCAGCGCCUCCCCUCAAACCCUCCGCCGCGCUGGGAUACAAAGAGAGGAUGUCUUAUAUCAUGAAGGACUCCAGCAAGAGCCCGCGGCCCAUAAAGAAGUUCCUGCCGGGCAACAGGAAGAAAGAACGGAAGCCGUCUGACGACGAAGUUCAAACGAGGAAAAGCACGGCGGCGCUGGAGGAGGACGCCCAGAUUCUGAGGGUGAUCGAGGCGUACUGCACGGGGGCCAGCCUGCAUCAAACCACCGCAGGGGUGCGUCUAUCGGUGCGGAAAGAGUGCGUCCCUCAGGUGCUUCUGCCAGAGGAAGAGAAGAUCAUUGUGGAGGAGAUGAAGAGCAACGGCCAGACAGUUAUUGAGGAAAAGAGCCUGGUUGAUGCCGUGUACGCUCUGAAGGACGAGGUUCACGAACUGAAGAAGGAGAGUAAGUGGAUGAAGCAGUUUAUGGAGGAGGAGCAGAAGUCUCGCAAAGACCUGGAGAGGGUGGUUCGAAAACUGGCCAAGCAGAAGAACGACUUGGCUUGGGACGACAGCGGCCACUGAACGCACCCACACUGUCGGCCUCAUCGUGUGUGUGCGUGCGUGCGUGCGUGCGUGUGUGUGUGUGUGUGUGUGUGUGUGUGUGUAUUGUGAGCGCGCGUUUGUGUGUCCGUCUAUGUAGCGUCUCCGUAUUUCAAUCACACACGGCAGAGUGGAAUUCUCUCUUUGGUCUCAAGCGCUGCGGCUUGAUUUGACAUUUCUUGGAGCGCGUCUCAUCCGUCUCGUUGAUCGCGCCUCACAGGAAGAUGCUCAUCCACAAAGCAGCUCAGCUAAACCAAGACUGCUGAAGUCCGAUGUUUGGAACCGGCCGCCUCUCGGCAAACGGCACUGUGAACACUCCCCUCGACCAAUGGGAGGUCUCCGCUGCCGCUUUCGCCUCAGUGGAAAUGGAAAAGGAGUACGAAGCCAUCAAGUCCAAUGGGUGUUCUCUCGCUUACACUCCUGUUACCAAGGGGACUGAAUUUCUUUACAUUUUUCAUCUUUUUUUUCUUUCUUUUUUUUUGGUCACAAGCAGCCCCAUGAGAGUGUGUGCGAUUUUCAUUUUUGUAUCAUUCUAGACUUUCACAUCACAGGUUUCCACGACGUUUUGUAGGCGUUUAAGCAAUUCAAAUUUGUUGGCAUGUUCAUCCAAAAGGAGCCCUUGACUAUUGAAAACUGCAUGAUUGUACAUUGUUUCUACAGGAUAAAUUCUGCAUCAAAACUGUGAUAAUCAAGAUAUUCAGAGAUAUAUAUAUAUAUAUAUAUAUAUAUUAUAGUACAAAGCUGUCAGGUCAUGAUAACAUACAAAAAAGGCUUAACUGUGUACACAAAUAAUGACACAGAUGCUCCCACCUUUCCUCUGACUGAAAUAUAUUUUGAGCCUAUUAAUUACAUAGCUGUAUUUUCAGAAAGAAUAUUAAUUAUUUAUUGUUCACCCAAGAAUUUAAUUGUGGGGUUAGCCGUAUUGGUAUGGUUGUGCUGCCUUUACACCUUUCUGCAAUUGUUUUACUAUCUUGCUGUGUAAAUGCAGAAAAAAACACACAUCCUCAUUUUGUCCAAGGGGGAAAAAAAAUCAUAUUUUCAUUGCACAGGAGGAAAAAAACGAGUCUAACUUGAGAUUUCAAAAGUUGUUUUGCAGCCUCUAUGGCUUCCUAACAGGGCGCUGCAGAGCGCAUCAACACAGAAAAUAAACCAAGAGAUUAAUUUGUCAUGUUCAAGUGCCUCACGAAGGGGCGGGUAAACUCCAGAGUUUACGACCGGACCCGGACUAAAUGCAUGUUUGAUAUUGAAAGUGCGACAGGUGGUUUGUUGUAAAAUGUAAUGUCUAUAUAUCGGGUCUGAAAAAAACAACAACAGGGCUUUGCGUGCUAUUUAAGAUGCCGCUUCUUUACGAAGACCCACUGCGGUACAUUUCCUCAUGAGGUCGAGUGUGUGACCUUGUUAAGCACCGUCAGCUGCUCCUGCAGGAACGCAGAGCUGCUGUGGAUGUUGUGGAAAUGCAUCGAGCGACUGCUCGGCUGACUGACCUCUGAGUUGGUCUCGGCAUUGGAUGGCCUCAUUUGGAGAAAUUGCAAUAUGAAGAAAAGAUUUAACCCAAUUUAUUAUUAACCAAAAAGGGCCGGACCACGUGGUCGGGCUCGUCAUCAUUUUCCAUUUGCCUUUAUUUAAUCACGUCUCUCGGUAGGGACGAUUGUUUUAAAGAUCACUUCCCAGGUCCCAAUUUUCAUCACACAUCCAAAAUGUAGUAUUUUAGUAGUGCUCACUCAAUUGUUGGGAUGUGCGUUUUUUGCAUUCACCGCUGUCCGAGCACCGCGUGGGAGGUACAAGUCAGCACUGGUACUUCUGCAACGCAAAUACUGCCUGGGAAAAUGAGGCUCUUUUAACUGUAUUCCUAAUGGCAAUGCACCGUUGGUGGCCAAAAGGUCUUCAGCGUUACAGAAGCUCUACUUCCUGUGCGAACGCGUGUCUCUGCCUCAUAACAUGUUCCCUGUUGAGAUUAACAUUAUUAUUAUUAUCAUUAUGCUGUUCCUGUACCCUAAAAUGUUUUCUUUACGUACCACAUACUUUAGUUUUCGGCUUCAAAUAUCCUCAGCGAGCACUUACUGGUGGGAGGUUGAGCUGUUUUAUAUUGUUUCUCUCCAGACAACCGCGUGUGUUGUUUACGGCAGGUUGUUCUAUGCAAUUAUUGUUGGUUGCAAGUAUUCUAAUGCUUUUUGUUCUUCCUUUUUUUUUUCUAGACACUGUACUUUGUUUUGGUAUGGUCAUUCUUUUAUUAAAAGUUUAAUAUAAUA